AUGGAGAGAAUCCAGGGUGUUGGGUUCCCUGCAGCAUCUAAGGAGCUGUCCGAAGAGUCGCUGGAAAACAUAUUUACACAGCUAAAGGACAUGCUCGAGGAACUACGGGCGCUCCAACCUCCCCCCGACAUAGGAGUGGAGAGUUGCGUUGGGGGAUCUCUGUAUGAUUCACGCAUUCUCCGGAAAGUAUCGCGCUUUGGCCCUUUCAAGACCAUCCAGGAGUUCCAUCUUUAUCUCAGAGAGUAUUGUGACCCCUCUACAAUCCAGAACGUGGAAAUUGCCCAGGAUCUGGAAGAUGUCAAAGAUAUGGCCGCAAAGCAGGACGGACCCUGGCCGCCACCAGUUUUCACGCACGGCGAUUUGAACCCAUAUAAUAUACUUGUGCGCGAGGGACAAGUUGUUGGUCUUAUCGACUGGGAGUUUUCAGGAUGGUAUCCUCAUUACUGGGAAUAUACAUCUGCUUGGUGUGGCAAUAUCUUGAGAACAGGCUGGCGAGACCAACUCCACAAGUUUUUGGAUCCGUUCCCUGAGGAGGUAAAGAUGGAGACUACACGACAGAGGUGGUGGGGUGAGAUCUGA